UGACGCAACAGUAGUGAAAACAAUAAGAUUCCAAUAUUUUCCAAAGAACGGCCUUGGCUUUUCUCUUCACUCUCUUCCCUCUCGCUGAGCCAACCUCAUCUCCUCCAUCCACAAAUUCACGCAAAAUGUCCAUUGAUAUCUGCACGUCAAACAUGGCAAUUGAAAAACAAGAACCUGUUGUUUUUGAUGCCUCCAUUAUUCAACAUCAAGCCAACGUACCCUCUGAGUUCAUUUGGCCUGAACAUGAGAAGCCCUGCCUCGAGUCCCCGGAACUUGUAAUUCCUCCCAUUGACUUGGGAAGCUUUUUGUCUGGAGACCCUUCUGCUGUCUCAAAAGCUUUUCAGCUCAUUAAUGAGGCAUGCAGGAAGCAUGGCUUCUUUUUAAUUGUUAAUCAUGGUGUUGAUUUGGGACUUAUAGCUAAAGCUCAUGAGUAUAUGGACAAGUUCUUUAGCUUGUCACUAGCGGAGAAGCAAAGAGCUCAGAGAAAGUUAGGAGAACACUGUGGAUAUACUAGUAGCUUCACUGGCAGGUUCUCCUCCAAACUUCCGUGGAAAGAAACUCUCUCUUUUCGAUACUCUGAUGAUGAUCAGUUGUCCAACAUUGUCCAAGAAUAUUUUUUCAACGUCAUGGGAGAAGAAUUCGAAGAUUUUGGAAAGUUGUAUCAAGAAUACUGUGAAGCUAUGAAUACUCUGGCCCUCAAGAUUAUGGAGCUUUUGGGAUUCAGUCUAGGUGCUGGCCGGGAAUACUUUAAAGAAUUCUUUAAGGGAAAUGAUUCCAUAAUGAGAUUAAAUAACUAUCCUCCCUGCCAGCAACCUCAUUUAACACUCGGAACUGGGCCUCACUGUGACCCUACCUCCUUAACAAUCCUUCAUCAGGAUGAAGUUGGUGGCCUCCAAGUGUUAGUCGAUGAGAAAUGGCAUUUCGUUCGCCCUGACCCUCAAGCUUUUGUUGUCAAUAUCGGCGAUACAUUCAUGGCCUUAUCAAAUGGCAUUUUCAGGAGUUGCUUGCACAGAGCGGUGGUAAACAAUAAAACAGUUAGGAAAUCCAUUGCCUUCUUUCUGUGUCCAAACAUGGACAAGGUGGUGAAGCCGCCGAAUAACUUGAUCGACUCCAACAAUCCAAGGUUGUACCCGGACUUCACAUGGUCGGAGCUGCUAGAAUUCACUCAGAAACAUUACAGGGCCGACAUGAAUACCCUAGAUGUCUUUGGUAGCUGGCUGCUACAGAAGAACACUUGAAGCUGAGAGUGGGAUUUGCUACAGAAUGAUGGGUCUAAAGGAAAAGGGCAACAUAAACACCAAAAAAAAUAUGCCAGCGGGUCUGUGGUUGGGUUUUAUGGUCCGAAAGUUGGAGAGAAUAUUUGCAAUAUAAUAUAAAUAAAAGAAGCAAAUAGUAAGAAUAGAAAUAUUUAAAAAUUCUCCAACUUCUUUUAAUUUUAUUUUUAUUUUAAUUCAGAAAGGAUUCUGUGUGAUUGGCCUCAAUUGGAUUGUUCGACCAUCAUGCUGUACUGUAGUGCAAGUAAAGAAGUCUUUGUUUAAUAGAUUAAAUUCUAAAUAAAAAAAUGCAUCUCAGAUAAGAUAUGGA